GUAGCUUUCAGGGGACCAACGCUUCCUACUUUCUCUCUUCCUUCUCUCCCUCUUCUUCGUCUUCUCAAACGCCACUUCGACCGCUCUCUACCACUCGGAGAGCCGAUCAAUACCUCAACUGCCCGUCCUGCGCAACACCCGCAGUCACCAUGAGCGGCCUUCGAUUUCUUGACCUGAUCAAACCCUUUACGCCCCUCCUCCCGGAGGUGGCAGCACCCGAGUCCAAAAUUCCCUUCAACCAGAAGUUGAUGUGGACAGGAUGUACACUUUUGAUCUUCUUGGUCAUGAGUCAAAUGCCUCUCUACGGCAUUGUCUCCUCUGACACGUCCGAUCCUCUUUACUGGCUGCGUAUGAUGUUGGCUAGUAAUCGAGGAACGCUGAUGGAGUUGGGUACCACACCCAUCAUCUCAUCCGGCAUGGUCUUCCAGCUCCUUGCCGGUACUCACCUCAUCGAUGUCAACCUCGAUCUCAAGUCCGACCGAGAACUCUACCAGACUGCGCAAAAGCUGUUCGCCAUCAUCCUCUCCUUUGGCCAAGCCUGCGUCUUUGUCCUCACCGGCCUCUACGGCCAGCCAAGUGACCUUGGUGCUGGUAUUUGCCUCCUCUUGAUCGUUCAGCUGGUCAUUGCUGGUUUGGUUGUCAUCCUUCUCGAUGAGUUGUUGCAAAAGGGCUAUGGUCUUGGAUCUGGAAUCUCGUUGUUCAUUGCAACAAACAUCUGCGAGUCGAUCAUCUGGAAGGCAUUCUCCCCCACCACGAUCGACACCGGACGCGGAAAGGAAUUUGAAGGCGCGGUCAUUGCUCUCUUCCAUCUGCUCGUCACCUGGCCAGACAAGACCCGCGCUCUGCGUGAGGCCUUUUACCGACAACACCUACCUAACGUCAUGAACCUAUUGGCCACUUUGACCGUCUUCGCGGCGGUCAUCUACCUCCAAGGCUUCCGUGUCGAGAUCCCCGUCAAGUCCUCCCGCCAACGUGGCAUGCGCGGCUCGUACCCUGUCCGUCUCUUCUACACCUCCAACAUGCCCAUCAUGCUGCAAUCGGCUCUCGCAUCCAACAUCUUCAUGAUCAGCCAAAUGCUCUACACUCGCUUCUCGGACAACUUGUUGGUCAAGCUCAUCGGUACCUGGGAACCAAGAGAAGGAUCCUCUCAGCUCUACGCUUCCGGUGGUGUCGCCUACUACAUGUCUCCCCCUUUGAGCUUCCGUGACGCUCUCCUCGACCCGAUCCACACCGUCAUCUACGUCACCUUUAUCAUCGUCACCUGUGCGGUCUUCUCCAAGACCUGGAUCGAGGUUUCCGGUUCGGCUCCCCGCGACGUCGCCAAGACUCUCAAGGAACAAGGUCUCGUCAUGGCUGGACAUCGUGAGCAGAGCAUGUACAAGGAGCUCAAGCGUGUCAUCCCCACUGCCGCCGCUUUCGGUGGUGCUUGUAUCGGUGCUCUCUCUGUUGCAAGUGACAUGCUUGGUGCUUUGGGCAGUGGUACUGGUAUUCUUCUGGCCGUCACCAUCAUCUACGGAUACUUUGAACUCGCAGCGAAAGAAGGUGAUUUCGGUCAGAAUCUCAAGGGGCUUAUCGCCUAGAUUUAGGCCGGAAUCUUGUGCUCUUUAAGUAGUUUGGAAGUUGUCUCAGCAUAUAUUAAAGCAAUACCUUGGGGGGUUGUGGUGAUUCUUUUGGCAAGGUGCGUUUGUCCAACAAUGUAUCAUGAUGACAAACAACCAAGGUGAUAAAAAAAGUAGUUGCCUUUUAUUUAUGCAUAGCAAGGGAUCCAGUUGGGAAAAGCUCAGGAAGGUCGAUAGCAUAAAGAUAAAAACAAGGCCAUGUACAGUAAGAUGUAAGACUUUGACUACGAUUUCUGUACCGAUUUGACGAGAAAAUCUAAAAGGUAUUCCAAGUCCAGUUUCAGGAGCUUUGUGUUUGCAAAGGGCUUCUA